GGUUUAGUCCCAAUGAUAUCCGCUUGAGCGUGCGCAGUCAGGAACCUGUCUCUUAAACCGCGUGCUAAGUCGCAGAAAGCAUCUCUGGCUCACCGCUGUUCAACUGUUGUUUGAUUAAGUCGGCCAGACGCAAGGAAAAUGUCAGCCUAUCCAGGUAAAGAUCAGAAGGCUCCUGCAGAAGAUGCUCCCAUUCACCGCAUCCGUAUCACUUUGACAAGUCGCAACGUAAAAAGCUUAGAGAAAGUGUGUGCCGACCUGAUCAAGGGUGCUAAAGAUAAGCAGCUCAAGGUCAAAGGGCCUGUGAGAAUGCCAACCAAAGUUCUUCGUAUCACAACUAGGAAAACCCCAUGCGGUGAAGGAUCAAAAACUUGGGACCGUUACCAGAUGCGUAUCCACAAGCGCAUCAUUGAUCUCCACAGUCCCUCGGAGAUUGUGAAACAGAUUACGUCGAUCAGCAUCGAACCAGGUGUAGAGGUGGAGGUGACCAUUGCAGAUGCCUAAACGCUAAAUGGGUGGCCUUGCAGCUUUGAUAUAGUUGUCAGCAGUGUGGUCAACAAUAAAUUUGUAAUAAACAUA